AUGUCAAACCCUACUGCGACAGCUUUCCCCUGGGAGUGUAGAGACAAGGAGGAUCAGGCCAGGGCUGCCUUCAACCAGCCUCUUCGCCGUGCCAAUCAGUCUCUCACAGAAGAGAACAUGAGGUUGAAACGUAUUCUGCGCGACAAUGGCAUCUCCUGGUCUCCCAUCGCCCUGAGCCAUAUGCAGCAGUCCAAUCCUUUGAAGCGUAAGACCCGAUCUUCCAUGACCGCCCAGGAGCUUGGUCACCCAUAUCUCCCUAUGGAGGUCAUUCUCCGUAUUUUGAAGUUUGCUAUGAAAUCCUCUGAACCGAUUGUCGAUCCCUUGUCCCCCCUUACACCUGGAAACCUGUCGGACAAGGAAAAAACGCAGGGCAACCAGAUUGCAAUCAACUUCCUUGCCACAUGCAAAGCACUUCAUGUCGAAGGUACCCGAUACCUGUGGGAGUCAAACCACUUUACUUUCACAACUCCUCAAGCUGUCCGUAGCUUUGCCGAUCUUCCCGCCAAAUUUCGACAAGGUAUCACUCAUGUCAACUUUCGUGUCAUCGCACGAUACUAUGAUGAUCAACCUCGUCGUCGACAUAAGCUUGAUCGCUGCUAUCACUCCGAUCUGAAAAAAGACCAUAUUUUGAAGGUCCAGCAGCGUCCAACCGAGUCCCCCCUUAUUCGUGGAGGGUUUCGGUGCUACACCUGGAACCAGAUUGUCGACUUCCUCGAGGGACUUCGUGCGCCCUUCGACCCGAGUUACCGAAACAGGAAGCAGCCGCGACCCCGAAUGCUACCCUCUCUUAUUUCUCUACGCGUUGACCUUGUGAAUUUCUCAGACACCCUUCUCCCAUUUUCCGGGUCCGAACUACACGACAUUUGCUCCCAUGAGCUUGGCUGCACACUGAAUGAACUCCAGGUCACAGGUAUGCCCUUUGAUGACACUGGCAUGAAGGCUUCUGCCGAAAUGAGUGGCAUGCUCAAGGACGAAGGUUUGUACCUCGAUGGCCCGGCUUCGUACAUGGCACACUCCAAGGAUCUUCAGCCUCUAUCCGGAAAGAAAUGGUGCGCUAGGGUGAUCCGAGCUUGGAAGGCCAAGGACAAUGAAGACGAAGAUAGUGAAAACGACUCUGAUACUGUACACGGCCAUUCUCACAGUCAUGCUAGACUCGGAGCACUACCUCCUGCACCAAACGAAGAAGGACACCCACCUUCGACCCGCGACGAAGAAUCAGUCAUCUGGAAGCGAGUCCCCGUAUCGCGUGACAACGAGAAGCGCGAUUGGGUUCAAUUUUCACGAUUUAGUGGUUACGAAAUCAGUGACGUCGAUUGGGACAGCGACGAAGAGGGAAUUUGCCCCUGCUGUGGAGAAUCCCACCCAGGCUCGUCCUUCCUGGAGUACCUGAUGGAUGAAUGA